AUGGCGGGAGCCGGGUCUGCCGCUACGAUAGAUUCGUCAUUGUGUAAUAUCAUAUGCUUUAUUGUAGGGGUGUUGUCGAAUAAGACAUCUUUCGAUGGGGAUAGCAAGGUAGGACACAAAACUAUAAAGAUUGACUGGACAAAGCAGCCAGUGUUUUGGCCAAAGGAUAUUCCUUAUAAAAAUCCAAAUACCAAUUUGACAACUCCAGAAAAAUGGUCCAUGCUUUUUGCAGCUCUCGCAUGCCUUAUGAAAGAAGAUAUAGACAAACUCUUGACCAAAUGGGACCAUUUUGUUUUGUGUGUUGAACUAAUGGCAUUAGAGAGUAGCUGCUUAGAGAUCAUGGAUGAAUGUCAUUUUCUUCGAAUAUUUAGAAAACAAGAUGCGAGUCAUUUAAAAAAAAAGUGGGUGAGGGAAAUUUAUUCAUAUCACCUCAAUUCAUUUGGACUAUCGCUAACUGAUGUAUCGGCUGAUCAGAAGCACACCUAUUUCAGCAGUUUUUUUGAUGACCUGGAACAGGAAUGUAACAAUGGAAAACGUCCAACUUUCUUACAAAAGCUAAAAACAUUCAAUUCCAUGAAGUCACUUAAAGCAGAUUCCGCAUUGUGCAUUGCAAAGGAAUGUUUACAGCAUGUUUCAAAGCGAGCGAAGAAUUCGUCUAAGGGACAUAAUCCAAGUAGUCGUAAGAGGCAAUGUCCAAAUUCAGGACAUGCAGCGGAUACUGUAACAAGAGAGAAGAGAUCAAAGAAGCGAGAUACGACUUCUACAGCCUUAUCAAUACCUACUCUACAACAUGCAACGAUUCCAACGUCCACAUCCUCAAUACCUAGAUCACAACAUUCAAAGAUUCAACUGAUGGCGUCACCAAAAUCCACCACGCAAUACUCAACACUACAACAGACCGCGUCAACAAUACCUACUACAGAGUACUCAACGGUACAACAGACCGCGUCACCAGUACCUCCUACAGAGUACUCAACGGUACAACAGACCGCGUCACCAAUACCUACUACAGAGUACUCAACGGUACAACAGACCGCGUCACCAGUACCUACUACAGACUACUCAACACUACAACAGACCGCGUCAUCAAUACCUACUACAGAGUGCACAAUGGUACAACAGAUCGAGUCACCAGUACCUACUACAGAGUACUCAACGGUACAACAGACCGCGUCACCAGUACCUACUACAGAGUACUCAACGGUACAACAGACCGCGUCACCAAUACCUACUACAGAGUACUCAACGGUACAACAGACCGCGUCACCAAUACCUACUACAGAGUACUCAACGGUACAACAGACCGCGUCACCAGUAACUUCUACGCAAAACUCAACACUACAACAGACCGCGUCACCAAUGUCUGCUACGCGAAACUCAGCCAAAUUGAACACCAAAAUCACAAUUCCAUUGAUUUCAAAUGAUCCUCUUAUGUCCAGUUCUGGGUCACAUCAGUUCAUCCUACCGGUCGAUACAUCAGAUCGGUCUUUAUAUGAUCAGGCACGUAAUACAUUUAACAACAGUUUAUUGUCCGGCACGUGGUCACCUAGUGAGGACUACUGCGAGUUAUUUGAUGAUUUAUUCACAGUACCAGAUUUUUCAUAAUUUUUCAAGUGAAAUAAAUGUAUUCCUACUUUGCUAUUCCCAAUCGAUGUGAAAGGAGAUUUUGACUCAAACUGCGGCCUUGUGUAAACUGACUUCCGAGAAGCUUUUGCCAUGGGCGCCAAAAUAUAAAUGAUACUUCUCGUAA